UCAAAUUAGGUCAUUGUGUUUCUUCGUAGUUAUCAGCUAGGCUUGAUAGUUGCUUGUUGUUAUAAAAUUUAACUUAGAUGCUUCAGCAUUAUUGAGCAACAUGCCCCUAUACCUACCUAAUAAUCUAUAAAAAUGUUACUAUCCGUUUCAUCUUCGUAGCGGAAACGGCUAAAAAAUCUGAAAAGGCUGAACAAACCUUAGUUGUGUCCGGACCGAAAGGACCCGUAAUGUAGGAGCUAUCUAUGUUGAAGUUAGCCCAUCUAUUCUUAAGAUUUUAAAUAAAUUAAGAUGAGCAAAUUAACGAGUGAUAAGUGAGUGUGUCAGUGAGUGAGUGACCACGCCUUACCUUAAAAUGGAUGCACAGGGCUCACCGGUCGCCACAUUACGUUUCCACUUUCCGGCACAUUAACCUUCUACCAAAGCUGGCGCGUUUAGCCAGGCGGCGCUAUGUCCAUACGAUGACGGGGCAGGUCGGCCGCCAGCUGGCCAUUGCACUGUGCACUGUGCAGCGGCCUCUGCCGUGCAGAGAUGGGCCGUUGACCCGGCCGCGGGCGCUCCUCUCCCGCCGCCGCCGCCGCCGCCGCCGCCGCCAUCAGCCGCAGUGAGGCGCCGCGCGAUGACGGGGUACGGGUCGCUGACGACCGGCCGCCGCGGCUGGCUCCUGGCCGCUCAGCUCCUGCUGGUGGCAGCAGCUCUGCUCACAUUGCUCACACUUCUUUUGCAGCGAGGCGGCCGAUGAGUGUCGCCGACGCCGGGAGGCCAUGGUGGUGCUGCCGCCUGAGCCUGACGACCCGCAUCUGAUGAUGGAAUAUCUGGUGGAACACCUCACCCUACCCAAGAGCAAGCCGUGCCAGCGCGAACUGACGCUCGGCGGCGAGCCGCACGAGUUUUCCAACAACAGCGUGGCCGUGGUGGGCCUCAAGUGCGUCUGUCUGGACCCGGGCUUCAGUCUGGCGCUGCACGACUGUCUGGUGAUCGCCUCGCGGCCGGCGCUGGAGGCCUCCUUUGACGCGGCGGCGGCCCUGUUCGGCUGUGAGGUGCACUCGUUCGGCGUGGAGCGCGGCCGGCGGCUGGUCGGCUCGCGGUGGCCGCUGCCCGGCGGCCGGCGGCCGGUCAGCGUCCUGGCGCUCCACCUGGACGGCGAGACGCUGGCCGACCUGGGGAGGCGGCCUCUGGACGCGCUGGACCGGGUCGAGCAGCUGAGCGUGCACCUGAACCUGACGGCCGUGCUGACGGCCGGGUCUGCCGGAGACACGGCGCCGCUGCGCCGGCUGUACGGCAGCCUGCUGAGACUGCAGGAGGCCGGCUUCCACCCCUACUCCUCAGCUAUCGCUGAGGCCGAGAACGUGCUGGACGUGACACUGCCCGGCCAGCGCAGUCCCAUCAGCACCCUCAGCGAGGUCGGCUGGAUGAAACUGAUGUGUGACACCUAAAGUGGGCUGAACACUGCGCCAUGCGGGUGGCGAAUAAUUCUCCGGCGACGCA